UUAUUAUUGUAAUUGUCUUAUCUACAGAUGCAACAAAGAAUCCACCAGCAGCAGCUUAUGAUUGAGCAGCAAAGACAAGAAGAGCUAUUACGGCUUCAACAGACGGCAUUGGUGGAAAAGCAGCGUGAAGAACAAGAACGGCAAAUGUUGCAGCGUCGUCAAGAAGAAGAAUUGUUUCGCUUACAGCAAGAAGCCCUCAUGGAGAAGCAGAGGGAAGAAGAUAUGAUGCGGCAGAGAAUGGCAGCACCUCCUCCAGGUACUGCUCCUACAGUUCUGCCAACACCAAUAUCUGCUCCUUCAACAGUUUCUACAACAGGACCAGUAGUUAUGCCUCCAGGAAUUGAUGUAUCAGGACCACCUGUUGGUGGACUGAGUGCUCCAGCUUUGACUCCAGCUCCACCUCAAAUCAGGGGCCCACCUCCUUCAAUAGCUAUGCCCCCUCCACCAGGAAUGGAACCUCUUAGUGUGGGUCCGCCAGGAGUGGGACCUCCAGGUGUUGAUUCUGAUGAUGACAGUCAUUCUGAUCGGAAGCUUCCAUCACUGUUAUCCCUGAAGGUAGAGCCACCAGUUGAAGUAAAGGAAGUGAAACUUCCUAUUGCUUUGGAGCAAGCACUUGCCUUUAAGACUGAACGUGCCAAACAGAUUGGUGUGCAGCCAGAAGACUAUGUCAAACUUGAGAAUGUUCCAGAAGCUCCACCUGCUCCUGUUAUAAGUCGAAGUGGUCUUGUGGAUGAAGUGGAGGAUGAAGAUGAAGACCAUCAACCUAGAAGAAAACAAAAAUCCACCCAGCAACCAGUGCAAGAACAAAGACAAAGCAAGAACAAACGUAAAAAGAAGAGGAAGAAGCGUGCAAAGAAUUACCAACAAGAUUUGUCAAAGCAGAAGACAAAUGAGAAGAAGGAACCAGAUGAAGAGACUGGAGAGAAGAAACUGGAUGUUGAAAUUGAGUAUGUUUCUUAUACUGUCAAAUUUAGUAUUACAGUUACUAGAAUUAAGUGUCUUGCUAAUUUGUUGAUAAGAUGUAGCUAUCACAUGAUGAACGAAGAACUUACGGAGCACUUUUCUUAGCAGUAUUUGUACAUGAAUGAGGAUCUAUUAUUCUUUUGCUUUAACCCUUAAAAUACAGACUUUCAAAUUGUCAAGAGCCUGCUGUGACCAGAAUUUAAAAUGCCCUAAGUC